UGGAAUCCAAAAGCUGUACCUCAAGCCCAAAAAUCAAGAAUAAUUGGAGUUACAGCCCAGUCAUCUGGACCAAAAAAAUUCAGCGAACAUAUAGGCUCGCUGAUAUUAUUUAGAGCUCCCAAGGCAAACAAGCUACUAAUCAAGAAGAACAAAAUAAAUACCUCCUCUCUACUAGCCUUCAGACUUAAGCUGCUGAGUGAAACAUUGCCAUCCAGGCAAUUGCUACAUGAUCGAUACCCAAGCACUUACAGAUCUUUGUGCCUUACAGCAGUAGAAAUCCAGAGUCAUAUUUUUAAUUGCUAUAAAAACAUUGCAGCAUACAACAAAAUGGAAAACAAGAUAAGGACAAGUUUAGUAAAACUUGUUAGGAAAAACAACAAUAAGAAGUUCUUAACAGAAAUAGAAAGAAGAACACAAAAACUAGACUUUGGCCGAAAAUCCAACCUAGACAAACUUGCAAGCGGAAUGCUAAGCAUAGACAUACAACUAUUUGUCACCAGUCAUGCCAAGAUGGCAAACAAAAUACUAGCCCUACUAUACUCACAAAUAUGGAUUCCAAGAUUAAUAACAGCUAACACAUCCGAAGUAAAAGGAGUCAAAUGGAAAAGGCACACCCUUUCAACCAAAAGCCCCAAUAAUAUUCACUUAUCAAAAGCCACCCUAAACAAUAAAAGUUUAUUAAAGUUAAUAAUGGAAGCUACAAAUCCAUAG